AUGUCUCCCUCAACCCUCACUCGCGCUGCUUUUGCGGCUGGACUCCUUGUCUCUAGCGUCGCUGCGACUUACGAUGCCGCCGCUAAGACGAACAUUGCUAUGUACUGGGGACAAGGAUACGAUCAGAUCCCACUGAUUGAUGUCUGCACUGACCCUAACGUCGACAUUGUCAACAUCGGUUUCAUCAAUUCGUUCCCUACGGUGCGAGGCGCAUACCCCGGAAGCAACCAUGCCAACGCGUGUGGCAGUGAUGUAUAUUACGAUCCGGUCCUGAAACAGAACAGCACUCUGUACAGUUCAUGCCCUGGCAUAGAGGACGCUAUCAAUGCUUGCCACAGGAGGGGCAAGAAGGUCAUGCUCUCCAUCGGAGGUGGUUGGCCUACGAACUACUACCUCAAGAACAAGGACGUCGCAGAAUGGACCGCGGAGUUCCUGCUCGGUGCCUACGGCAAAGUCACCCCUGAAUGGAAGGACUCCGACAAGCCGCGUCCAUUCGGAAGCGCGUUCGUAGACGGCUUCGACAUGGACCUCGAAGCGCAAUUCUACGACAUGCCUGGAGGCGACGAGAAAUUCAUCUAUGCCAACUACGAACACUUCGGCAACUACGUCCAGAAACACUCGAGCAUGCUUCUCUCUGCCGCUCCUCAGUGCAUCGUCCCUGAUGCUAGGAUCUCCCCGAUCAUGAAGCUGUUGAAAUUCGACAUGAUCUUCACUCAGUUCUACAACACUUGGGAGUGCUCUGCUGCCAAGGAGGUCGAUGACAAGAAGAAGGGGAAGCCAAGCACUUUCACCUUCGACAAGUGGAUCAACGAGAUCAAGACCACAAUGAACCCCAACGCCAAGUUCUACAUUGGAUUGCCUGCCGGUCCUGCCGGCCUCCCUACCCACAAGGAGCACUACGUCUCGCCUGAAGAUGCCGACUACUUGCUCGAUUUCUACAAGAAGAACCCCAACUUUGGCGGUGUCAUGCUAUGGGAAGCGACUGUCUCUGUCGAGAACCCAACAUACGGCCAAUCAUUCGGUACUUGGAUGAAGAAGUCUCUUGACGGCACCUUCAAGAAGGACUUCCACCCUGUUGUGUCCUCCAGCACUCUGUCUUCAUCGACCGCUACCCCGACUUCGACUAAGCUAUCAACCUCCAGCACCCCUGUCUCGUCUACGAUGGUCUCGUCUUCCACUCCCAUCUCCAGCAGCGCUAUGACUUCCAGCACCCCUGUCUCCAGCAGCAUGGUCUCCUCCAGCACUCCUGCUCCCAGCAGCAUGAUCACCAGCAGCAGUGCUUCAUCUUCGUCUGCCUAUGUCACCUCGAGCUCAGCUUCCAGCAGCAGCUCUGUCCACGUUUCUUCCAGCUCAUCCGUGGCAGAAUCGUCUUCUGUCGCCUCCAGCUCCUCUUCCGCCCAGGGGAGCAGCUCUGUCUACAGCGAGAUGCCCACUGCCAGUGAGAGUGCCAGCUCUGUUGCUACUGUCAGCAGCACCAUGAUCGAGCCAUCUUCCAUUGCUACGAUCUCUGCAUCUGCCUCCAGCAGCGAGUCGGUCUACGUUCCUCUCCCGACUGAGACUAUCACUGCCAGCUCCGUCGAAUCUGUCAGCAGCAGCAUGGUUGAGUCCUCUUCCGUUCCCGAGAUCACUGCUACUGUCAGCGCCAGCUCGGUAUACGAGACCUCCAGUUCCAUCGAGACCGUCUCAAGCACCCUCAUUGAGCCGUCGUCCGUUGCCACGAUCUCUGCUUCUGAGACCGCCAGCAGCUCCGUCUACGUUCCUCCCCCGAGCGAGACCUCUGCUUCCAGCGAAGUGUCCUCGUCAGCCUCCAGCUCCAGUGACAUGUACCCGACUAGUGCCGUCUCUGCGACUACCCCUGGUGCUUCAAGCUCCAGCGACAUGUACCCCACUGACACUGUCUCUGCGUCCAUCCCCGGAGCUGUCUCUUCCACUUCUUGCAGCACCACCCCCGAGGCCGCAUCUUCUACCCCAUACGCGCCUUCCAUGGAGUACAGCAUGUCAUUCUCUGCCAUCUACCCAUCCGAGGUCCACUCGUCUGUUGUCUACUCAUCUGGUGUAUACUCUACCGCAUCCCCGAUGUACCCCACCGACACUGUCUCUGCUACAUACCCUGCUGAGAGCUCCAAGGGCUCUGUUGCAUCCAGCACUGGUCACGUUAGCGUGCCAUCCGUAACGGAGAAGCCUGAGUACCCUGAGUCUUCCAAGGUUCCCGCGGGCUCCACUACCUCAGUCGUCACAACUACCUACGUCGAUGUCUGCCCCACUGGUCUGACCACCGUCACCACCACAUACGUCGCGACGGUCUGCACCAAGUGCGCAAAGCCCACCGGCUCGACCGACGUACCUGAGGGCUGGACCACCAGCGUCUACACUGCCAGCACUGUCACUGUGACCAUCACCAAGCCCAUCGCUACCGCCACCCACGUGCCCGCAUACCCAUCCUUUGCUCCUUCCGUCGCAUACCCUGCAGACUACCCGGCUAAGCCCGCGUCCUCAGACAAGCCUGCAUACCCUGCCGUCCCUGAGGCGUCUAUGCCCGCAUACCCUGUUGCGCCUGAGGCUUCCAAGGCUGCUGAGUACCCGGCUGUUCCUGAGGCAUCGAUGCCUGCAUACCCUGUCGCUCCUGAGGCUUCCAAGGUUGCUGAGUACCCAUCCGUUCCCGAAGCUUCCAAGGACGCUGAGUACCCAUCUAUGCCCGAGGCCUCCAAGGCCGCAGAGUACCCUGCCAUGCCCGAGUACCCCAAGAAGCCCGUCGAGCAGGAGGCCACCAGCUCCAUGUACAUGACCCUCACCAAGGUCGCAAUGUCCACCUACACUCCCGCUCCUUACCCAACUGCUGGAGGUGCUCCUUACGUUCCCGCCGGCCCUGCCAUGAACGGUACCAGCAUGUACGCGCCUAUGCCUACUGGUACUGGUAAGCCUGCCAUGCCUUCCCAGUACAUGCCGCCUGCGGAGUUCGAGGGCGCUGCUAGCCGUGUUGGAGCUGGAUUCAUGAUGCUUGUUGGUGUGGUUGGUGCUGUUCUACUUCUCUAG